AAAACCAACCUUACCAUUUUUUAGCAACCCAAGGUCUUUUACAUAGAAAAAUCCACCACCACCACCACAACCCCCCAAAUCCGCUAGUUACCACCUCUAUAGGGUUUCUCCUUUUAGUAAUUACUCAGACACAGCAUUCCUUCUCUCUCUCUCUCUCUCCCUAAAACUUGACUCUCUACCUUGGCAUCUUUACUGAAACAAAUUGCAAACUUUCGAGGAGAUUGGAUUUUGAAGCACGGAGGCUUUGGAGAUUGCAAAAAUUUUAGAUGUCAUGUUAUUAGACUUUGGUUGCUAUUUAUAGAAAGGCGGUAGUGAUGUAUUAAUUAGACUCUACAUGUAGUUAUGUGUGUUUGGUGGUUGCUGUAAGCUGAUAUAUCUUGAUCUAUUGGCUUGUGCUGCUAUAUAUUUAUACAGGAUUGAAAGGAAGUGAGAUUUAGCUUUGUGGGUUAUUGCAAUUGAAAGACGUGAAAGGUUGGUUUUUUAAGUGCAAUUGAGUUGGUUUUAGUUGUUCAAAUGAAAAACAAAGAAGGUUAAAGAGAGGAAAUUGAGUUGUUUGUUUAGAGGGUAGACUAAAUCCAAGUGCGAAGAGUGGAACUUUGAUGGAUUUGGAGGUGGAGUUUAAUUAGUAAUGUGCACGUUAAGGAAGUUAUUAAGGGAGGAAGAAUUGAGUUCCUUUGGAUGUUGCUCUGAUUCAAAAGAGGGGUGAGGUUAUUAGGAGUGUAUUUUGGUUAGUUAUAUAAAAAAUGGAGAACUCCUUCUCGUCAAAAGAAAAGGGGAUGGGUUAUUGGGCUUCACCAAGAGCUCAGAUGGAUAGUGUCACAACUUUCGAUGGUGCUCCAAGGAAUUCAUUUUUUGAGGACCCAUUCAACAGUUUUUCAGAGCUUAUGAAUUUUGAUAUGUAUGCUGGAUGGUGCAACAACUCAUCAGCUAUGGAUCAAAUGCUUGCCCCCUAUGGAACGCCAUCUUUUCCUUCGACAUCCUAUCCAUCCUUUGAUGCAGGAAGUUUUGCAGAACAAAAUUCUGCUUCAAUACAGGAAACAAUAAAUGCUGCUGGGACUUCUUACAAUGGUGGAGAUAAAGUGAUGCUUCAGCAAACAAAUUCCCAUUUUGGUUGUCCCUCAGAUUCAAUUGAUGCUGAUGAUUUGGGUGCGAAACACAGUAAUGGAGCCGGUCAGCAAAACCAUUUCCCAAACACAACACACUAUAUUAUGUCACAGCCAGUUGGGCCUUCACUAGAUGAGAGGAUGCUAAGGGCAUUAUCCCUGUUGAAGGUUUCAUAUGGAGGGGGUAUUUUGGCACAAGUAUGGGUUCCCAUAAGGAGUGGGGAUCAAUACAUGUUAAGCACUUCAGAGCAACCAUACUUGCUUGAUCAAAUGCUAGCAGGGUUCCGAGAAGUGUCUAGAACAUUUACUUUCUCUGCAGAAGUGAAGCCUGGUGUGCCUCUAGGACUUCCUGGUCGUGUAUUCAUUUCCAAAGUUCCAGAGUGGACUUCAAAUGUAAGAUAUUAUCGCAAGGCCGAAUACUUGCGGGCAAAGCAUGCAGUUGAUCAUGAAGUCCGGGGCUCUUUUGCAUUACCGAUCUUUGAUCCUGAUGAGAUGUCCUGCUGUGCUGUUCUGGAACUUGUCACUGUUAAGGAGAAACCAGAUUUUGAUUCAGAGAUGGAAAAUGUUUGCCAUGCGCUCGAGGCUGUGAACUUAAGGAGCACUGCACCUCCUCGACUUCUUCCUCAGUGUCUCUCAAGCAACAAAAGAGCUGCCUUGUCUGAAAUAGCUGAUGUUCUACGAGCUGUAUGCCAUGCACAUAGAUUGCCACUGGCUCUUACGUGGAUGCCUUGCAAUUAUACUGAGGAAGCUGUUGAUGAAAUCAUAAAAGUGCGUGUCAAGGAAGCCAAUUCAAGGUCAAGUGGUAAAUGUAUCUUGUGCAUUGAAGGUACAGCUUGCUAUGUGAAUGACAGAGAGAUGCAAGGUUUUGUGCAUGCGUGUGCUGAACAUUAUAUUGAGGAAGGGCAAGGUAUAGCUGGAAAAGCAGUGCAAUCAAAUCAUCCCUUCUUCUUCCCUGAUGUGAAGACAUAUGAUAUAACUGAGUAUCCACUUGUUCAUCAUGCACGCAAGUAUGGUCUGAAUGCUGCAGUUGCAAUCAGGCUAAGAAGCACCUACACUGGUGAUGAUGACUAUAUUUUAGAGCUCUUUCUCCCUGUCAAUAUAAAGGAGAGUUCAGACCAGCAACUCCUGUUGAACAACCUCUCAGGUACCAUGCAGAGAAUUUGUAAGAGUUUGAGAACAGUUUCAGAUACAGAAUUUGCUGGACAGGAAUGUUCUGAAGUUGGGUUGCCAAAGGAAGCAGUGCCAAGCUUCCAACCAAUGUCCAUAUCAAAUGGAAGCUCUCAAACUGCAUUAUCAGAAGGAAACUUGAACUCGGCUGCCAAGAUGCCUCUUAAUGUGUGUAGUUCAAAAAAUGAUCAAAUAGAAUCAAAUAGCUCUAACGAACAGACAACGAGUGGAUCUAGAAGACAGGUGGAGAAAAAGAGAAGCACAGCGGAGAAAACUGUGAGCUUGAGCGUUCUUCAGCAAUACUUUUCUGGAAGUCUCAAGGAUGCUGCCAAAAGCAUUGGUGUUUGCCCCACAACACUGAAGAGAAUUUGCAGACAACAUGGAAUAUCCAGAUGGCCAUCCCGAAAGAUAAACAAGGUGAACCGCUCAUUAAGAAAAAUACAGACCGUGCUUGACUCUGUUCAGGGGGUGGAAGGAGGGCUGAAAUUUGAUCCAACCACAGGUGGUUUUGUAGCAGGGGGCUCCAUGAAUCAAGAAUUUGAUCAUCGAAAUGGUUUUGUGUUUCAAGCAAAAAACCUAUCCAAUGGAAAUUCUGAACCAGCUAACCACGAUGUAGUUUCUGUACUUCCGGCUUCUUGUACUGAUGGAAAUAAUUCUACUGUUAAAGUUGAAGAGGAUGAAUGUUGCAUAGGUAGCGGGGGAAUGUUAAAGGAGUGUAGUGUUCAUGUGAUUGAUUGCAGUGCAGAUUCCAAGUCAGUUGCAAUAGAUGCUGGAUUAUGUGAACAGACUAGCUUUGGCUCUGGAUCUUGGGCUUGUCUCGAGAUUGACCCCCCAGGUUCUUUUGCAAAAGCAGGCAACAUAGGAGGCAUGAAAAAUGGCGGUAUUAUACUAGAGAACUCGGACUCCCGCAUUGUGCCUCGAAGCUCACUCCCCUUUGUUGCUGCUCAGGAGAUGGAUACCAAAAUGGAGGGUGAUGAUGGAAAUGUAGAACGUAACCAGCCUACUUGUUCAAGCAUGACCGACUCAUCAAACAGCUCUGGUUCAAUUAUGCAUGGCAGCAUAUCAAGCUCUCCGAGCUUCGAGGAGAGGAAGCAUUCAGAAGAGAAAACUAGUUUUGGUGAUGGUGAUUUAAAAAUUACUGUAAAAGCCAGGUACAGAGAAGAUAUAAUACGAUUCAAAUUUGAUCCAUCAGCAGCAGGAUGUUUCCAACUCUACGAAGAAGUAUCAAAGAGGUUCAAAUUGCAAACUGGAACAUUCCAGCUCAAGUAUCUAGAUGACGAAGAGGAGUGGGUAUUGUUGGUGAGCGACUCUGACUUGCUGGAGUGUCUGGAGAUAAUGGAAUAUGUUGGGACUCGUAGUGUGAAGUUCCUUGUUCGUGACACGCCUUUUGCUAUGGGAAGCUCAGACAGCAGCAGUUGCUUUUUGACGGGAAGAUCCUAACACAUGGGUGACACGGGCAAUCUGAGUCUAGCUCGUGUCUUUUUAGUUGAAAUGGGGAGUAUGUACUUGCCAUAAUUCAUCUGCACUUCUUUCUUUCAAAGUAUUUGCAGAACCAAUCACAAAUUGGACUACAAUACAGUACAACCGAACAUUCCCGGUGCAGAAAUAUAGUUGUAUGAUUGGUUGUCAGAAUUCCAGAAAAGAAAGAGGGGGGAGAAAAGUUAGGAAAAAGAGAUGAUUUUGUAUGAUAUAGUUGAUGUUAAUGUAUAAUGCUGUAUAUGCUAGAAGUGGCAAAAGAGGUUUUAGUUGUAGAAACAAAAUCGGGGCACUGUGUUCUUAUGUUAUGUACUGUAGUGCCCUUAAACCUUGUAGAUUGUGUAGGGUUUUACAUCUCAAUUUAUGAAAAUGGAAAAUGUUCAAGUUUGACGACA